AUGUAUGAAGAAUUUCCACGAAAUGAUCCUCUUUCUCAAACAUCACAGUUGACUAUCAGAUCAUCAAAUAAAUAUACUCUCAAAUUAUGCAUCGUGAUCGUUAUUCUUAUAAUUUGGUCAGCGGCACAAGGAAUAAUUUCAUUUCACAUUGGAUCAAACUUUAAUUCACCAUGUUUAGUUGCAUUUGGUAUUUCUUCUUUCGCACAAAUUGUAAUUAUUCUUUACAUUCAUCACAAACUCUUAACAGAACACUACGAAAGAUCACGAAUCCACACUAUUAUGGAGGCAAUUGAAUUAUUUGAAAUUGAAAUUCACAUCAAUUCUCGUAAAAAAACCGAAAAAUAUAUUAUUUUAUUCGGUAUUAUCAUUUUUAUGAUAUUUGCAACAAUUACUACUUUUAUUGCGUUUUAUGUUAAAUAUCAAGAGAAAGAUCAUCAGAAACCGUUACCACCAGGAACGAUUCCUCCUUUAGAUGAUGAUGUACUACUACCUCUGCAACUGUUAGCAUUUGGUAUAUACGUCUUACAUCCUUAUUUAAUUCUGAUUCCUUCUUUAUGGUAUUUAUCCAUUUCCAAACAAUCCGAAGCGUUGAAAGAAGCAACUGUUUGGGCAGCGUUAUUCUUUUCUAUCGCUUAUCUAGUUUUCAUCAAUUGCCAAUUGGUGUUAUUUAUAGCUUGGAAAUUGCAAGAAGUAGUUUUUACGUUGAUUAUCGCAGUAAUGUUUGUGGUAUUUGCUGUUAAUUUUGGAUGGAUAUAUUGGUGGAGGGGGAAGAUUGAAGGCGAGAUUAGUUAUAGUAAUGAAAUUGAAGAUUUAGAAGAGGAGGAGGAGUAA